AUGACCAUGGUCAUGACCAUGACCAUGGUCUGGCUCCUUGGUGCCCAUUCCCUGAAGCAGUCAGCCAUCAUCCUGGCAGCAACACAAUUUGUGGGAAACGUGCGGCAGACGCUUUCCCCCGGCAGCGGGUGUACCGUGGAUGACAGGGUCACACGGGUAGCCUGGUUGAACCGCAGCACCAUCCUGUAUGCUGGCAAUGACAAGUGGUCUAUAGACAACCGUGUGGUCAUCCUCUCCAACACCAAGACCCAGUACAGCAUCAAGAUACACAAUGUGGACAUUUACGAUGAGGGCCCCUACACCUGCUCUGUGCAGACAGACAAUCACCCCAAGACAUCACGUGUCCAUCUCAUCGUGCAAGUCCCCCCCCAGAUUGUCAACAUCUCGUCAGACAUCACAGUGAAUGAAGGCAGCAGUGUGACCCUCAUGUGCUUGGCCUUUGGGAGACCAGAGCCCACUGUCACGUGGCGGCACCUCUCCGGCAAAGGGCAGGGCUUUGUGAGUGAGGAUGAGUACCUGGAGAUCACGGGCAUCACACGGGAGCAGUCUGGGGAGUACGAGUGCAGCGCCGUCAAUGACGUGUCCGUCCCUGACGUGAGGAAGGUCAAAGUCACCGUCAACUACCCACCCUACAUCUCCAACGCCAAGAACACAGGCGCCUCGGUGGGCCAGAAGGGCAUCCUGCAGUGCGAGGCCUCGGCCGUCCCUGUAGCUGAGUUCCAGUGGUUCAAGGAGGACACAAGGUUAGCAAACGGGCUGGAGGGUGUGCGGAUCGAGAGCAAGGGCCGCCUGUCAACACUGACCUUCUUCAACGUCUCAGAGAAGGACUAUGGCAACUACACGUGCGUGGCCACAAACAAGCUGGGCAACACCAAUGCCAGCAUCAUCCUGUAUGGUAGGUGCCCUGGUUUUUCUUUGCAGCAAGGUGCAGCCUCCAGCCUCUGCCUCUGGGCAGCCCUCCUCACUCUCCUCCUCCUCCUCGACUUUUGA